AUUUCCAGAAUGAUAUAGCUUUCUCAGUUCCUCUGUAGCCUUCAGACUGUGUGUUUCAACUUGAGAAGUUCUGACUCAUGUUAUCUACACAUGGUGCAUAAAGGAAGCAUAAAGAUAAAUAGCCCCUCCCAGCAAACACAGCUGCAGAACAAUAUCAUGUUUCAUGUGAGAUGUACUAUGCAGAGCUGUAAACAUUAAUGACAGGCUCAAGAACAGUUUGUGCUAAUGUCAGAAGUGGAUAGUCAAAAAACAAAAAUGAGUAUCUCUUCCUCAGAAAAACCACCAUAUAAUGAUUAUGAUGAGAGUUCUAGUUUUAAUACUGAGUUAACAUUGACAUCCCCAGACAUAACAUCAUCACAUUACAAUACUACAGACUUUUUGAUUGCAUCAGCAUUAACAAGUUUUACAAAUAUGGUGGCUGCAAAUACAGUUCCUACAGAAGAUCCAUCAGUGAACUACACAGGAGUGGCAGGAGCCAAUAUACAGUUUCAGCUCUAUGAUUAUCUCAUUCCCACUAUUGGAGGAAUUAUAUUGUUACUCAACUUGGCUGUGGUAAUAUCUUCAGGACUGAUACUGAAAGGGCGAGCUCAGCCACGGACUACUUAUCUGUUCCUUGGAAAUGUGGCAAUGGCAGAUCUGGUGACCAGUGCAGCUAUGCUGUUUGGACAACUGUAUCCAAGAGAACUUAGAAAUGAACUUCUGUGUAUGUUACAGAUAGGUAUGAUAGUUUCCAGCACGUUGGCAUCCAUAUGGAGUGUUCUUCUGAUUGGCAUUGACCGCUUUUUCUACAUUGUGCAUGCUCUGAAGUAUCAGCAAUUGCUGAAUCCAUGUCGAGCUCGAUGGCUCAUUCUUUGCACAUGGAUUCUUGGUUUAACCAUUGGAUUCAUGCCUGCUAUGGGGUGGAAAGGUUGGACCAAUGGUGGGAAAUACUGCUGGUUUAUACGACUAGCACCACAUGGCCUAGUACUUCUGACUGGAGCUUUAGGAUGCCUUCCUAUCAUUAUCAUCACUGUUUUGUACAUGAUUAUUCUGUACCAGGCCCUUCACAAAAUAAUGCAGUUACAGAAGUGUGACCAUGAAGCUUCAAUACGGCAUAUACCCAAAGAUGACAAUAAUCCAAAUACAAUGCGAAUUUUCAGGGGUGGUCAGAGCAGUAAAGAAAGUAAAGAAGAUAACAGGAAACAACGCUCACCUAAAAAAUCAAGAGCUAUUAUGGUGGUACUUCUCACAACUGGAUCAUUCAUUGUGACAUGGAUACCAUAUUUUAUAGCCUCAACAAUGUAUGUCUUCUGUGAGAAAAAAGCUACAAAUGAAAAUACAUGCAAGUCUUUGCGUCUUGCUAUUGCAUCUCCAUUGGCAAUCCUGGGAUUCUUGAACUCACUCUUAAAUCCUUUAAUUUAUGCAUGGUGGCACAAAGGAUUCAGAACAUUUGUAUUCACUAAAAUACUUUUCAGAAAGAGGUCACAGAAUCACACAAAUCUCAGAAAGAGAUUAAAUAGGAAAACAACCACAUCAUCAAAUUCCAGCGCCAACACAACUGCGAGUUCUACUUGCACAUCUACUCAGUCAAGGCCAACAAGUCGCAAGAUAAGUUCAAGAAUGAGUGAAGGUCCAUACAUUGUUGAUAAUGAAGACACCCGCCUUUAACAAGUCUCCUUCAAAUUCUACAGAAUUUCAAUUUAUGUCAUUUCUACUAUAAGAUCAAGAUAUGACUAAAAUUUUCACUAAAUUUCAGGAACAUAAACAACAUACUUACAUAAUCCAGUGGCACCAUGUGACUUUUUCAAAAGUAUCAGCCAAAUCCUGAGGCAGUGAAAGGUCAUGAAAAUGUUUGAAAUUGAAUAUAUACAUUAUACAAGACAACUAUGCAAAUUUGAGCUAAAAAUUAAUUAAGUUAAGGAAUAAAAGACAAAGAAAGUGUAAACUAUAUAAAAAAGUGAUUGGCAACUACUGAGUUUACCUUAUUUUAUUACACCAUGGACUCCAGGUCCAUGUGACUUGAUGAAUACUCCUCGUUAUGUAGCUUCUGCACUGACAGCACAGAAAACAGUUGUGUGAUAGCUACCACUCUUGCGUGAUGUCGCGUUUAGUGAUUGCCUAGCAACAGUCACUGCACGGGCUCCCCUACUGUAUGACGCUGGGUCUGCAAAGGCGUUGGUGGGCAACGCUGUGUGGCAACCAGCGUGCUUUGGCUUGGCUCGGCACAGACAAACCCCGCUUUGCUUACUGUUGCAUAACCUCGUUUCCACUGUUGCGUAACUUGGCAACCGACCAUUUAUCAAGGGUCUGUUUUUGUGGUAACUCGUUCCACCUCCCGUUGCCCAGCAAUGGUUAGACAUGUCACAAUAUGUAUCAGAGUCACAGAAAUUUGGGCUAUUUUCUAAGCCUUGAGGAAUUUUCUUCUCAGUUGUCAUUCAUGAUAACUGAAUGAGUCUCACUCUAGUCUGCAUGCUGUCUAAAUACAUACAGACCCUCUUCAAAGCACAGAAUGAUCACACAACAGAUACACUGCUCUGUCAGUAUGCAAGCAACUGAAGUACUUUAACAUUCCUCACUUGCCUAACAUAAUAGUUUGGAAUUGGCUUGUACUCCCUCCUUUCGUCAUGCCUGUAAUGUAUUGUAUCUAUUCUAACUGUGUAUGCCCUCGUAAGUGACUAGCACAAGCCGGAAAGAACUAACUGACAGUGUCUGUGAUGGGCUGGCUGGAGGUAGCAAAUGAUGUCUGUAUCUCCUGCCAGUAUAUGGAGUACCAUUGAACUACAAAACUAACAUUUUAGUUUUAUUUUUUUAAAGUGUUAGCAUGGCUAACACAGUAAGAAUGCUCUGCCACUUAUAUAAUCCAGUUUCUCAGUUUUACUCUUCUUCUAUAUAGGUUAGUCAUCAAUGAUGUGAAUGUACUUCUGUUGUGUGUAUUCCUCUUUCUCACAUAACCAGUACCACUUCCCUUGCAUAAUCAUUGAAUAUGGUUCAUGUAUCUGUAUGUCCAUUACAUACAUUUCAACACUCUCCAGCGCCUGAAGUCAGAGUCAUAAAAUGUAUUCUGUAAAAUGAAUAUACUGAUCACUUCAAAUAUAAGAUGCACAUUUUACACUUUGUCUUCUGUUGAAAAAUAGAGGUGAGUCUUAAAUUCCAGGAAUGUGCAAGUUUCUGUCUUUCUAUUUUUCCCCAUAAACUCACAUUCAAAAAUUGGAAACAUCUUAAAUUUGAGGACAUCUUAUAUUUGAAGUAAUUUGGUAUUUGUUGAGCUGAAUACUUCUUUAUGAAAAUUCAACUUCAGUGAAAAUGUAAUCUAUGCAGUGUAAAUAAAUUAUAAUUAUUAUCACACAAAAAAUUAUGAAGAAACUGGUAAUUAUUUAAUGUUCAUUAAUAAUUGCAAUGUGCAUAAAAAACAGAAGCAGAAACAGUGAAAGAGAAUAUUUCAAUAAAUAUCCCACUCUGACAAAAAUGCUGUAAAAUUUUGUACAUGUUGCACAUACUAUGCAUAACACAUACUGUGUUAUGCUCUAUACCAGUGGGUGCUGGAGGAGGACUUAUGUGGUGGGGAUCACUUGACUCUGACUCUUCCAGUCUGACAUACUAAGUAGAUUCUAAAGCAUGUCAAAAUUAUAUUAAUUAAAGCAAUUAUUUACCAGGCAUGAAUUUAAUAAAUUGCAUACAAGUUCUGAUAGUCAUUUUAGUCAUGUCAUACAAAGUGAGAAAUUUACAGGAGGCUAGCAGCCUUACAUAGUUACAAUUGUCAAUGUACUAAAAGCAUAAACUGAGUCUAGUUUUAUAAAAUGGCGAUUAAAAUACUUUUGUGCUUAAACAUCAGAAAUCAUUCAACAACAAAAGCUGAGACUAGAUUCAUAUUUCUGAAAUAACCAUCCCUUAGAAAAAUUAAUAUAAUAAAAGAUACAAGACUAAAACAAUAAUUAUAUUUCUACUCCAAAAACAGAAAGACACUGAGUAUUUCCUAUAGUAGCAUGGGCAUGACUAGUUUACAAAAUGAUAAUGCUGUAUCUAUAUAAUGGAAAACAGUGGCAGAUACAGAAGUUGAUCAAUAGGUCAGUUGAAAUCUCUUUUACUUUGUAAAAUAAACAAUGCUUCUAAAAUACAUUUAACAUUUAUACUUCAAUACUUCUAAAAUCUCAAGUCCGGUUAUUUGUGUCUCAAGUAUUACAUUGUGUGUUAAUCUGGUUUUGGUUCCCAUGAUGUGGUUCCAUUUAAGUUGAACACUGACUUUAAGUUUUAUUUCAUUGUUACAUUUUAUUGGGAAAAUUUGUGCCCGCAUCUCUCAUGUCUUUGCCCUUAUUCUUAUAGUGUUCAUUUGCUCCUACUGUUCACAACAAGUAAAUUUUCUAGAUCACUUGACCUUGAAUUUCUGUUCAAAAUUUGAUACUUUACACACAUCCACUUCAUUCAUUAUAAAGAGAAGAGCUGUAAAGUUUUGGCAUACACAGUUUAAAAUGUUUCACUGUGAAAUGAACACACUCGCUAAAGAGACACAAAUACCAGAUCUUGCACAACCACUGAAUCAACUUAGCAAGUCAUGUGCACAAAUCCCUCUGCCCCCCCUCCCUCCCAGGUGAUUUGUUUACGUGUUCCAUUACUAUUUCAAAAAAUUCUGGUAAUGUCUGGGCCUCACUAAAAACAUACCCUACCUUAGAGCAGUUGUGGUACAAAAAUACUGCACAAAUCUUCAGUGUCCUCUAACAGGUCCCAUUCCUUCACAUUCUCUUUAAUUAUAUUAAAUAACACAGAUUAGAAAGACUGAUGUUAGGCACACAGAAAUACACAUAGCUGAGCUGUCAUUACCUGAUCCUAUUCCUUUUGAGGUUGAAACUGCUACUGCAAAGUUGAAAAGGUAUAAAUCGUCAGGUAGUGAUCAAAUUCUGGCAGAACUGAUUCAAGCGGGAGGUUAAACAUUACUGUCCGAGAUCCAUAUAUUCAUUCAUUCUGUUUUGAGUAAAAACUGCCAGAUUGGUGGAAUUUACAGUAAGGGUGAUAAAACUGACUGUAAUAAUUACCAAGGAAUAUCACUGUUAUCAAUUUCAUACACUAUUUUAUCGAAUAAAGCACAGUGCUUUAUUUUGUAUUUCUUUAUGGACUUGCAACAUUCUGGGGGACAUGGUAGUGUAGUGGGUUGAGGCACUAUGUUACACGCUGGAAGGUUCGAUUUCCGAUGAAGUCAUUGGAUUUUUCUAUUGACAUAAUCCUUCCAGCCGCACUAUGGCCCUGGGGUCAACCCAACCUCUAAUAGAAAUGAGUAUGAGAAAUCUUCAUGGGGUUAAAGGGGGGCUUGUGCAUAAGGAUGACAACCUCACCACCAUCUGUGAGCCAACUGACUAGAAAAUGUAUGAGCCUCAAUGGCCUGUUACAGAUAUAUCUUCAUAUUUUUUUUACCUUGAAAUGUUCCAGUUUUUUUACUGAGGAUGGCUACAGCUACCAGAAGGAAGUGAGACAAGAUUUAUAUACAUUCUUUACAGAAAGAUCAUAAAAUGGAAGCAUAGUAAAGAAGUAAAGAAAAUUUAAUUUUAGUUCAUGUCAAUUAAAUAUACAUUCUAGUUUACAAGAUGGUGAAAAUUAAAUUUCUUCAUUUUCUUAGAACUGAAUCAAGCAAAAAUCUUGUACAUAACUUUAAGUAUACAGAUCAUUAAAACCAACAACCCUAUUUGAAGCACAUUCUGAUGUGGUUAAUACUCGUAUUUAACGAAAGAAGAAAAAAUAACUUAAGGACAUAUGAAUAGCUCUGCAUCAGUAUAUUUGUAUAUACAACAUAACUGAUUAAUGGCAUUCACUAGUAUUUUAAUUAUACUGUGUAAGUAAAUAUUAUGUUAGGAUAUAGCAACCAAAAGAGGAUUACUGAAGUAAAGGAACCCAGCCUAUUUUGGAGGUGAUUUAAAUCAGUGAGAUUACAUUUGGGAAGUAUGAGCAGACUAGGCCGCACAAUAGCUCAAUCGGUUAUUCACUGGCUUCCCACUGCAGUGGUCCAGGUUCGAACCCGGGUCUGGUUGUGUAGGAUU